AUGAAAAAGGAGGAACAAAAUAAUCUAAUAGCUCUUAAAAAUUACGAAAAUUUUAUAUAUAAACAACAACCAGUAAUAUUGAACUCAUCAUUAUCACAAUUAAGAUACCUAAUACUGACAGAAGGUUUACCGGAAAUUAUUAAUCAUUCGAACAACACCAACAUAAGAUUGCAUGUUUGGUCUAUAUUACUGCAAUGUUCAAUGGUUAAUUGUACCACAAAAUACUUAAAGUUACUAGGUAAAGGGCCACCACCCAUAAAAAUAUACGAUAAGAUAAAAAAUGAUACCUUUAGGACACUAAACACAGACGUAGAAUUUAAGACCAAAGUCGCUGAAGCUUCCUUAAUAAGGUGCUUAAGUUGUUUUUCGUGGGGGAUCCUUGAAAGAGAAACAGAAAUGGGGACAGAAAUGGGGACAGAAAGGGGGAUAGAAAGGGAGGAAAGGCUUUCUACCUACGUCCAAGGGAUGAAUGUUUUAUUGGCUCCGUUAUUGUACAUUUCAAAUGGCCUGGAGCCUAUGGCCUUCCAAUUAUUCAACAAAUUGUGCCGGUACCAUAUCCCAACAUAUUUAGAUAGGAACUUAACAGGUGUUUAUAAAGGUUGUCAAUUAGUAGAGAUAUGCUUAUUUAUAAUAGAUCCUACUUUAAGUAAAUUUUUGAGGCAAGAACAUUUAUUAACAGCAGAAAUAUACGGUGUUCCAAGCAUUUUAACUUUAAGUGCUUGCACUCCACCGUUGCAUCAAGUUAUUAAAUUAUGGGAUUUUAUGUUCGCUUACGGUUUCCAUAUGAACCUUCUAUUUAUUGUGGCACAAUUAGUGCUAAUAAGAACAGAAUUGCUAAAUAAUCCAUCUCCAAUUAAUUUUUUGAAUAACCUCCCCCCGUUCAAUGCGGAAGACGUUAUAAGGCUGGGCGUUGGUUUUUUAGCCAAAAUACCUGAUGAUAUUUAUGAACUAUUAGUUACUCAUUUAUAUAAUUAUGAUGUAGCAAUACCCAACAUGUUAUAA